UCCAAAAUCCCCAUGAUUUAUGUAUAUAAGAUCUGGCAACUCUAAAAAUAUUGAUAGUCGAUAACUUUAUUUAUUGUCAACUUCUAAUUUUUGUUAACGAAACUUUGUAAAUGUCAAGUAGCGUGGGUAAAUCUUCGCCAUUUUUCCUAUAAACUACUAAAAGCAAAUUGGCUUAUACGCGGUGUCUUUGGAGAUAUCAUAUACAUAUAUAAUUCGAGGAAAAAAUUCUAGUGGUUUCCAAACCAAAAGAAUUUUAAUAAACACACACUUGUUGGAUUAAAUCAAGUCUUUUUUGAAGCUGGUGUGUUUUAUUCAAAAUCCAGUGGAAGCCAUUAGCUCCGGCCUACCUGCCUUCUCAACAUUUUAAAAUUCUUUUGUGUCGCAUCAUCUCCUCCUGGGUCACCUACAGCGUCAAUAAUAACCUUGCCAAUCUCGCAGUAAGUAAUAAUGGAAAGUGAAAAAGGUCAACAACAAAAUGAUCGGGAUUGCUCAAUGUGCCAUAAUCCCCCUGACGACAAAAUGGCGUCUUGCAUGAAAUGCCACAAACUGUUUCAUAGAAGUUGUGCCAAUGUCGCCGAUAACAUAGCUUAUAAAUGUCCACAAUGUUCGGACAAUAGGCCAGCCUCACCUGCUCCCAGUGCCACAAGUCGUUGUUCUAAUCGGUCUCGAACGUCUCAAUCGCGUAGCGUUCAACUACAACUUAAAAAGCUACAAGAGCAGCGAGAACUUGAUUCAGCAAGGGAUCGCGAAUUCUUAAAUAAAAAAUAUCAGCUUCUAGAAGAAGCAGAAGACCUCUGCUCAAAUUCAUCACAAAACUCCCAAUCCGUACGGGAUUGGUUAGCAGAUACUCAACAAGAUAUCAGUCGCCAACAUGCGACUAAUAAUGUAGAAAACCAGGCCUAUGUUGAAACAUCCUACUUGCCCAAUCAAACUACGUGUGUUGAUUUACCUACAAGACCUGCAAAUCAAAAUUCAUAUUCCUCCAACAUACCUUGCAUUUCUACUGCACAUAUGCGACAGCAACAAAAUUCACAAGGUAUAACAUCGGUCACCAAUGCUGCAGUAAGUUCAACGAUAAUAAACAGCGCACCAAUUAGUGCUUCAGCUGUUACCACUAAUCGUGAAUAUGAUCGAACACUGCCUUUCAUUCCGACCAAUGCCCACCCACCAGCUGCUGUGCCAUUUUCAUACUUACCUGUAUACUCAAACCCCUCAAUGCAACCCCCACCUGUUAAUUCAAACACAACACAAAAUUCUAAUUGCUCCAAUCAAAAUAUUCCAUUUAUUCAAAAUGUGCCGAUGUCGUCUACAAUGCAUGUGAAUACAAACAAUUUUACUUCACCACAAUUUAACUCCACACAGCAUAUACUGCAACAAAGCCAUAUGACUACAAGGCAAUCGGUGCCUAAAGACUUACCUACAUUUUCUGGCCAACCAGAAGAAUGGCCCAUAUUUUCCUCCACUUACGACUGGUCCACCACCGCCUGCAACUUCACCGAUACGGAAAACCUCAUUCGACUCCAAAAGGCACUAAAAGGUAAAGCACUGCAAAGUGUCCAACAUAUGCUAAUACACCCUGCAAACGUUCCUGGUGUCAUCGAAGUACUUCGCAUGCUGUAUGGCCAACCUGAAAAAAUAUUAAAUUCAAUAAAAAAUAGAAUUAGUUUAGCGCCGAAAGUUAAUGAAAAUAACUUAGAAACACUUACCUCCUUUGCUAUUGAUGUUCGCAGUUUGAUUUCCACUAUCACUGCUGGUAACUUGCCAGAUGAAUUGAAUAAUUCAUUUUUACUCCAGCAAUUAGUUCAAAAACUUCCCCCAUCUUAUCAAAUGCAAUGGGCGACUAUAAAAAUGAAUCUUAAUAACCAAAACAAAAAACCAAAUUUGUCCGACUUUGACAAUUGGAUUUUCAGCCUUGGCAUCACUGCAAGCAAUAUAACAGUUGACCAUCCCUGUACAAAGAUAACCCAAGCAUAUAACAAAGAUAAUAUCACAGAUAAUAAACGAAACAAUAGCAAUAACAACAACAACAAUAGCAGCAAAGCAACCGCAAGCAGAAGAGCUUAUGUUUACUCUCAUAGUGAUGAACGUAAGUGUGUCGUUUGCAACAACAACAACAACAACAACUGCAAAGCAGUGAGUGACUGCCCAGUAUAUCAGUCGCUAGAUCGUAGCGAAAAAUGGAAUGUUGUGAGGAAGAACAAACCAUGUAAAUACUGUUUAUGUUUACAUAGUGGUGAGUGUAGGCGCAAGAAAAGGUGCGGUGAAGAGGAGUGCGAUUAUUUUCACCAUCCUUCAUUACACCGCUAUGAUGGAACACAUAAACAAACGUCAACUACGAAGAAAACAAAUGUAAACAACACCCAUGCUGUAGAAGAAGUAGAAGUGAUAAACAAUGCUCACAGUGCUAGUUCGCAAAACAUUUUGUUUAAAAUAAUACCGAUUACUAUAUACGGCAAUGAUAAAGAGAUUAAAACCCUUGCAUUUAUCGAUGAGGGAUCUUCCAUCAGCCUUAUGGACGAGUCAAUUGCUGAUCAAUUAGGAAUAAGUGGUGUGCCAAAUCCCUUGUGUUUGCGGUGGACAGGAGGAGGAAACAAACAACGUUUGGAAAUGAAUGUGUGUACAGUGGAGUCAUUAAAUUUGCCAACACAGACAUUGGACUACGAAUUAUUGUCGCAGCGUUAUCGCCACCUGAGAAAAUUACCAAUAGAAAGCUACACAAAUGCAAAGCCGAAAUUAUUGAUUGGUUUAAAUCAUUUCAAAAUGGGAAUUUCGACUAAAACUUUUGAGGGUGCUCCACAUGAACCAGUGGCUGUUUGUACGAAACUCGGAUGGCUUAUUUACGGCACAGUAGCAGAACACAAUUCACGUAAGCAAUUUAAUUUUCAUAUAUGUGAUUGUUCUGAAAGCGAUCAGCAACUGGACGAGUUAGUUAGGAGUUUUUAUACUCUCGAUAGUGUUGGCAUAUGUGCUAAAGACCCAAUGCUUGCUGAAAGUGAAAAGCGGGCAUUAAACUUAUUAGAUAGUUUUACCCAUUAUAAAGAUAAUGGGCAUUAUGAGGUCCCAUUAUUAUGGAAAUUUGACAGCUUCAAGUUGCCAGAUA